AUGUCAAAUAAUUCUGCUAUAUUUGGUAGUAGAGUUGGUGGAAAUACAAAUACAAACAACAACAACAACAACAACAAUAAUAAUAAUAAUAAUAAUAGUAAUAAUAAUAAUAAUAAAAUAGUAAUAAAAGAUAUAAAAGAGAUUACAGGUAACACUAGCAAUAGUGGUACCACUAAUAAUACCGAUUCUAUUCCAACAAAAAAUGAAGUUUGUGCAGUAUGUAAAUCUAAAAAUGUUCAAAUUUGUACAGGUUGUUUAUUAGUUUAUUAUUGUGGAACCGAGCAUCAAAACCAAGAUUGGCCAAACCAUAAAGAUUUUUGUUCAGGGUUAAAUAGAAGAAAUGACUUAUUGGAUAGAGCAGAGAGAUCAAAGGAUAUAAGAAGAAAGUUUCAGUCAGAGGUAUAUACAAGCGGGAGUUUAUUAAAAGAUAACAAUAGCCCCUCCUCAUCUUCUAGUAAUAAAGGUAAAAGUCUUGGUUCAACAACAAAUCCCCCAGGAGCCUCUGGUAGUAAAUUUUUUUUAAACAAUAGUAAUAGUAGUGUAAAUAAUAGUAAUGGUGGUAAUAGUAAUAGUAAUAGUAGUAAUAAUAAUAAUAAUAAUAAUAAUAAUAAUAAUAAUAAUAAUAAUAAUAAUAAUAAUAAUAAUAAUAAUAAUAAUAAUACCUCACCAAACUCAACCAGCCCAAAUACCUCACCACCAAAUUCUACUUUUUCAUCAAACACAAAUAGUACAGUAACACCAAACUUUAGAAAAUCUGUUGCAAUAUCGAAUGUAAAAUCACUUUCACAACAAUUAGGUCAGCAACAGCAAAGCCAAUCACCAACAGUAACAAGACAAAUUAAUACAAACACACCACCCUCAUCAUCAACACCAUCACCUCCCACCACCAAUAAUACACCAAAACCAUCACCAAUGGUAUCUAAAAAAGCAUCAGCCCCUUCAGCAGCAACCCAAAACUCUUCAUUUAAUAAACCAGCACCAAAACAACCAAUAGCACAACCCAACACUAACAAUGACUCUUCAAAUUUUUCACAAAAUGGUGGUAUUAAAGCUUUACAACAACAACUUCAUGAAUCAUUAAAAAACAAAUCAAACUCUAGCAAUUCAUCACCCUCUAACACAUUAAACUCAUCAACAAGUUCAACAAGCUCAAUUGUAUCAAAUAAUAGCACACCUGAAGUUCAAUCACCUACAAACAAUCCAUCUAGAUUUGGUAAAUCAAAUUUAAAUGUUCUCCAACAACCUGUUUUUAAACAAUCUCCUGUUACAUCAACAUACUCUUAUAAAAAUAAUGAAAACAAUCCAACCACCACAACAAAUAUCGAUACUACUGAAAAUGAAAACUAUACAAGUAAUAAUACUUUAAUAGAUACAAGCAUACCAGAAUCGACCGAGGUAAAUGAAGAAAAGGAAAAUAUGAAAAAUAUAAAGAACAAAUUAAGUCAAAUUAAUUUUGGUGCACCACCGCCAUCAUUUUUCAAAAAACCUCAACCUCCACCCGUGGUUGAAGAAGAUAUUAAUAACAAUAUAAACAACAAUAAUAAUAAUGAUGAAUUUAGUGACACUUUUAGCGAUAAUAAUAAUAUAAAUAAUAUUAAUAAUUUAAAUAACAAUAGUAAUAGUUUAAAUAAUAGUGGUAAUAAUGUUAAUAUAUAUAAUAACGGAUAUAAUCAAUCACCACCAACAAAUAGAAAACGUAGUAAUGGAAGUACUGGUAGUACUGGUAGUACUGGAAGUGGUAAACAUAAUGUAUUUGUUAGGGAACAUAAAAAAAAUCAAUCAUUACCGGAUCAUAUAGCCGAUUAUUACCAAAAUAAUAAAAAUAUAAAUAGUGGUUAUAGAAAUUUAAAUGAUGACGAACAAAAUACUGGUGGCUUCGAUGAUAUAAAUGGUAGUGACUAUUAUGAGGACUAUGAAGAUGAUGAUCCCAAAUAUAAAGAUAGAAAUAGACCAAAGGGAUUAAGAACCAAUAACAGUGCCGUAUUUGAAUGGGAAAGUGGUACUAUAGAAUAUAAGCAAAAUAAUCCACAACCCAAAAAAUUAGGUUUUGGUGUUGGCUCAAGAGGUGGUAAUUCAUUCUCUAAAGAUUCACAAUCUGGCGAAGAUUCUUCAAACUCAAGUGCAUCAACGGCAAUACUUACAACUAAUAAUAUUGGCAAUUCAAGUUCUCAAUCAUCUGAAGAUUUACAACAACCACAACAACCACAACAAGCACCAACCCAAUCAACAAGUGAAAGAGUGGCAGGUAAAUUUAGAAUGAUUGGUGGCGAUAUUAAAAAGAAAGCUGGUAUUAUUGGUUCACUCACUAAAAAUAAAGUUUCAGAAGUUGCUGCAAAGACUAAAGGUAAAGCAAAUAGUGAAAAUGAUACCAACCCAAAUGUAAAUAGUAACAAUAAUAAUACCGAAUUACCAAUAACUGAAGAAACUAUAAUAUUUGGUGUACCAUUAGAAGAGGCAAUAAGGAAAUCUGCAAAACUUCAUCCAUUGGUACCAGAUAUUGUUUAUAAAUCAAUUGAAUAUAUUAGAGAAAAAGGUAUUCAAGAAGAAGGUAUAUUUAGAUUAAGUGGUUCAGCAUCAGCAAUUACAGCAUUAAAGAAUGAAUUUGAUCGUGGUUUAGAUGUCGACCUUAACACUCAAUUGGACCAACAUGUUGUUGCUGGCAUAUUAAAACUUUUCCUUAGACAAAUUCCAGAAACAUUAUUUACUCAGGAAUUUGGUGACGAGCUUGAAGAUCUUCGUGUUGGUGGAAACAGUGCAGAGGCAAUAUCUAAACGUAUAGCUGGAUGUAUUCAUAUACUUCGUUGUUUACCAGAAGCCAAUAGAUGUAUCCUUCAUCAUCUCUGUUCACUAUUAAAUCAAAUAUCAUUCGAACCAACUACCAAAAUGAGUACUGUUAACUUAUCAAUUGUUUUUGCUCCAACUUUAGGUUGCUCUUUAGAAGUUAUGACAUGUUUAAUUGCAUAUUAUGAUGAUAUAUUUGGUGUUCAAACUUAUAAUUAUAAUCAAUAAAAAAAAUAAAAAUAAAAACCAGUUAAAUAUUAUUUUUAUAACAAGAAUAAAAUUUAAAUAAAAAUAUACUAUUUAUUUGUGUUAACAC